UCCUUGGGGCAGCAGGUAGCCGAGAGCCUCAAGGCUAGAGAAGUGGGUCGUUGCUGGUUCUAAUCCCAUGUCUGACAGGGGGACAUCUGAUUGAGAGUGUCCUAGAUGCCAUCGCCUGCAGUUGUGGUCUUGAGCGAGGCACUUAACCCCUAAACUGCUCAAUGGUGUGGUACUAGUAGCUGCCCACUGCUCCAGCCACUGUGUGUGUGUGUGUGGUACAACAGAAGACCAAUGUCUGUCUUGUAUGGAUGAAUAAAGUAUUCUUCUCCCCUCUCCGUAUAGCCUCUGCAGGAGGUGUGUGGGCCCUGUGGCUGGGGUACAGCAACCCUGGUCAGUAGCCACAUCAGUAGCUCUGCCAACCUCAUCCCACUGGAUGGCCUCCCUCCCAUCCUCACCUCUACUGGAGUCAAAGGAGACUACACGGUGGAGGAAAGGCCUUCUGAGAGGGUUCUUAUCCAGGACCUGGAGAGCGGCAGGCCCAACUCCCUGGUCUUUGUCCUCAACGCCAACCUACUGGCCAUGGUCAAGCUAGUCAACUAUGUAAACAGGAAGUGCUGGUGUGUGACGUCGAAGGGCAUGCACGCGGUGGGCCAGGUGGAAGUGGUGGUGCUGCUGCAAUGUCUGCCCGAAGAGAAGAGCUUCCCCAAAGACAUCUUCAGCCACUUUAUACAGCUCUACAGGGACGCCCUCACAGGCAAGGUACUGAGCCACCUGGGUCUCUCCCAGUUCUCCAGUAGUUUCCUGGGCUUUGAGGAGCAUGCAGGGUUCCUCUGGGUGCGCUCCACCCUCCAGUCCCUGCAGGGUCUCCCUAUGCCAAACCAGCCCUUUCUCUUUGGCCUGCUGAUCCACCGGGCUGAGGUGCCCUGGGCCAAGGCAUUCCCCCUGCGCCUCAUGCUCAGAUUGGGGGCUGAGUACAGAUUUUACCCCUGUCCUCUGUACAGCGUGCGCUUCAGGAAGGCUCUGUUUGGGGAAACCGGCCACACCAUCAUGAGACUACUAGUAGACUUCAGGAAUUACCGGUACACUCUGCCAGUGGUGCCUGGACUCACUGUAGAUCUGGAAGCUCAGAGGACCUGCAUUAAAAUCCCUACCAACGGCUAUGAUGAGCUGAUGAAGGCUUUGAAUAAGUCCAAUGAGCAUGUGCUGGCCAUGGGGGCAUGCUUCAACGUGGCGGCAGACUCCCACCUCAUCUGUGUUCAGGGGGACGAUGGCGAGUACCAGACCCAGGCCAUCAGCAUCCACAAUCAGCCUCGCAAAGUCACUGGUUCCUGCUUUUUUUUGUUCAGUGGAGCCCUUAAAGCAGCAUCAGGAUAUCUGGCCAAAUCUAGCAUCAUUGAAGAUGGGCUGAUGGUGCAGAUCACUGUGGAGACCAUGGUGGAGCUUCGCCGGUCGCUACGGGAGAUGAAAGACUACAACAUCUCCUGUGGGCGGAUCGACCAAUCAGACAGCCAAGAGCAUGUCCAGGUCCAAUGGCAAGAGAAAGAAAGCACUGUAAACAAGGGGGUUAUUAGCCCCAUUGAUGGCAAGUCCAUGGAGUCCAUCAGCAGUAUCAAGAUGUUCCAGAAGUCUGAGUACAAGGCCAAUGGAAAGGACAUCCGCUGGACAGAGGUGUUCUCCUUACAGAAGGGGGGUCAUCCUAAGAGCCAGGGUGACCACCAUACAGAACACAGCAGGCUCACAGAGAGACUGGCCCGGGCAUUCUGCCUGGCACUGGGCCCACACCUCAAGUUGCUGAAGGAGGAUGGUAUGGCUAAACUGGGACUGCGCGUCACGCUGGACUCCCACCAGGUGGGGUUUGUGGCCGGCAGUAACGGCCUGCCCCUCCCAGCCCCGUACCUCAAAGCCCUGGAAACAGUGCUGAUCCCUAUCAUCCACAGCAGGGGGCGUAAGAGGAGCGAAGAACCCUUAGUCAUGGAGCUCAUUUUCUAUAUCCUGGAGAACAUUUCCUAGGGGAAAGGGGGUCAAAGUGCACACACUCAUCCCCACACCAUCCUCUCCCCACACACUCAUCCCCACACCAUCCUCUCCCCUGGUUCUCCAUUUGUGCUGGUGUGAGUUCGAUAGCUUCAAAAUAGCAUUGGUUGGAGGAGUAAGCUCUUUCAUGGGACAUAGUAACUCGCCUCCAGGAUAUAUGUCUCAGCCAGCCUAUAAGAAAGGGUGGCUGGAUGGUAAGUGGUGUGACUCACCAAAGCUCACAUUGCCUUGGCAUCUGCAGCAGUAAAUAUUAUAUGGCUUGAGAAUGGUACACUUCUGUAUAUUUUCAAUAAAUACCCAUAUUUUGAGAAUGCCUUUAAACUGGGGGCUGUAUUCAGUUACAAUGGGAAAAUGAGAAUGACUUGAAAUGUUAUUUAUCAGUAGACCUGUAGCUAGCUGUUUGAUGCAAACUGAAUUCAUUCAUGUUUAAUAACAUUUUAAAAUCAAAAUUCGGAUGUAUUUUAAUUCCUCUCGAUUACCCCCAAAAUGCAUUACAGUCAACCUAGGGUGAAUAAACAUGAACACAAAGGACAUCAUACAAGGAUUUGUCAAACAUUGUUUGAAAUGCUUGUGUAAAUCAAGGUAUAAAGUUCCAUUUUCCGUCAGGAUCAGUAUCCGAGCAGAUGUAAGGAGACAAUGUCCACCUUUAUUUACAGUGUCAA